AGCUCCGUUAGAUUUGCCAAGGAAGGGGAUGUGAGCAGAAGAGUAUAGAAGACGCAGCGCAAAUAACGGUGUCCAAAAGUUGAUCCCUUCUUCUGUUUUGCCUCCUCACAUGAAAGCCGUGAAGAAAGGACGCGUGUGUUUGCUGUUCUGUGUAUUUUGUUCCUUCCCAGACUGAGAGGACUUACACCAUCAGAGGCGAUGAGAUGUGAGUGAGCUAUGCCUUGUGGAAAUGGACAGACUUUAUCCAAGCGAAAACAUGGCGUCUGCGUCCCGAGGUUUAGCUUCUUUUCCAGUCUGCUUGUGGCGCUCUGCUGCCUGGAGGCGCGGGGCUCCGGGCCGCAGGGGGACGGCGACAGGAGCUGCAGCCCCUGUCCCGUUAACUGCAGCUGCGCGCUGGCGGGACUCCAGCCGUCCUGCGUCGUCAACUGCUCCAACAUUGGGCUGGAGAGGGCCCCAGCAGCGGCAGAUAUCCCUCUGGCCACCAACGUGCUAGAUCUUUCCAAGAACCACAUCUCCUCUCUUGAUACCAGCCUGUUAGACCGUCUCACUAGCCUCCGAGAGCUGUAUCUUCAAGGGAAUAGAAUCAAUGUUCUCCCCAGAGGAGUGUUCUGCUGUGGGCCCCUGUCAGUCCUCGAUUUGAGCAACAACCAAAUCACCACCAUAGAAGAAAGAAUAUGUGACAACCUAUGCAAUUUAACUCAAAUUGACCUAAGCAGUAACCCCUUUGAGUGUGACUGUAAGCUGUUCCGCCUGGUCAGCUGGCUCCAGGAGAAGGGGGUGCGAGUCCGACGCCCAGAUGCCAUGCUCUGCAACCAGCCUCCUGAACUCCGCCACCAACCUCUACUCAAUGUCAGCCUGCUCACCUGUGGUCUGAACUAUGCAGCUUGUCUUGAGGACAGCAGCAGCGGAGGAGGGGGACGAAGUGAGCUUGUGAUCUUCUCUUCUUCCACACCCGGAAACUUCACGCGUGAACAGUGUAACAGCGUGUGUUUUGCUGCAUCACACCGCUACGGCGGUUUGGGGGCUAGGCACGAGUGUCUCUGCAGCACAAACUCCGAGCCCAACUUCAUCAGUGAAUCUCAGUGUUCCGCUGCCUGUACAAAGCCCAAUGUUAUGAAGGAAUGUGGGUGGACUCUGGCUCACGAUGUGUUUGCAGUGGACUUCUCCAUUUCCCUGAAGCCUCUCCCACUGCAAAGUGUCCACGACCACAUCAGUUUUUCUGCCGCCUCCUCUGUCGCUCCGGUGAUGCUGUCCUGGGACUUUGGUGACCUUUCUUCUCGGGUCAACGCUACAGGAACACGGGUGACCACAGCAACUCACAAAUAUGGCCUUCCAGGACACUAUACGGUCAGUUUGAUGGCCUGGGCUGGACACAAGGAGAUCUCUGCACGCGGAGAAGUGAAUGUGACGCUUCCUCCUAAACUGGAGUUGCGCUGUCCACCUCUUGCUGUGGCCAAUAGGAGUCUAGAGAUCAAACUUGUCAGCUGGGGUGCUGCUGGUGUGGACGUAGACUGGAAGAUCACCAAGGAUGAUGUCCAGGUUGCCAAAGCUUCCCCUCACUGUCCAAAGGAUGGGAUGUACUACGCAGAUUCCUCACACUGUUUCCAGAUUGUUCCAGGGGAGUUAAGCUGGACUGAUGCUCGACAACAGUGUUUAGACAGUGGCGGGGAUCUGGCAAUAGUGACGAGUGACGCUCUGCGUAAUCAACUGGCACCUAAAGUCACACACUUGCCACAGGUGCGAGGUAUGUGGCUGGGCUUGAGUGAUGUCAACUCUCCCGGCAAGCUGCGCUGGGUAAACGGCUCGGAGGCACAAGAGGGGGAGGAGGGACAGCCUCCUCGUUCCCAGAUCUCCCGUGGAAAUGUGUGUGUGUCUCUCGACCAGGGCAGUCAGACCAGGGCACACCCAUGUAACGCUGUGCGGGCAUAUGUCUGUCAGUACAGCCCUCAAGUGCGUGUUCCAGAUGCAGGGACCUACAUGAUAGGCCUGGCUGUGUUCCCCUCCCAUAAUCCUUUGCACAACGCACCAUCCUCUCCGCUGUCUGCUCCACAACCUCCCAGCAGUGGCAUAGAGGUGCUAUUAUUCCCAGCUCUGAGCUUUGUUCAGGCAGGCCGUCUGUCCUCACUAGAGUUUGUCACUCAGGAGUUCAGUUCAGAAGUCCAUGUUCGCUUCCAGACCUACAGACCUCACUGCCAUCAUCUUGACCUCCACGUAUUGCUACCCAGUUGUGGAGGACCAACAUGCGCUCCUGUAGCUGUUUGUGUCCCCAGUGACAGCAGUAGCAGUGUUCCACCCCCUUGCCCCCGACUAGAGCAGUGGUGUCCCUUCCAGCGCCGGUGCCUGCCCCUCUCCAGUGUAUGCCAAUCAUCUUCUUGUCCUAACUGCACCCAUGGUCAUCGUCUGCCCCCUGGGGCGAUGAGGCCCCGAUACACCCUAAAGAACGAGGUGGUCUUCACUCUGCCAGCAGGUCCAGCUGCACACAUACUGGUACAAGAGCAACUGGAGGACCUCCUGGUUUCCCGUGGUGAUGUCAUUGCCCUGCAGCAUGAUGCCGGCCCCUCCUCCCUACUACGCUGCCAGCCUUCCCCACACUCACAGUGGCAACAGCCUGUGUUAGCCCUCAACCAAACAGAGUGGUUUUGGAUCAACAACACCAGACUGUCAACAGAUAGCUCAGCUGACCCUGAUGUUGACCCUCUGCUUAAUGUGGAGGCACUUGUGGAGGAUGGUGAAGGAGGCUGGCUGGAAGAAGUAGUGUGCCCUGUCAGAGUGCUCUAUGUGGGACGCAGUGAGACCCAGCUGCAGGGAGCACAGCUGUCUGCUGGUUUACCCCAGCCUGGACUCUACAGCCUGCUGGUAACUUCUACUGAACCAUCUUAUCCAGCUUCUGCAUCAUGCCCCCUGCGGGUGGUGCCUCCUCUGGGUUUGACGAUCCUCCACCCGACUCCCAGGAACGGCACCCUCUACCUGCAGCCCAAUGACACCCGGAUACUGCUCUGUGUCCAGUCUCCCUAUGAAACAAAGGCAUCUCAGCAUGGCAGUAAUCGCAGCGUGACCUUCCAGCCAGAAUAUCCAUCAGAGUUUUCGUCCAGCCCAGCACUCUGUCGGCUUGUGCCGAGUUUGGGGUCUGCUGCCGAGGUCACAGAGCCUAGCCUGUAUGUAGUCCUGGAGCUGAGUCUGCCAGUGGAGGAAGAGAGGAUUCCAGUGCAGGUGGAGCUGGAGGCCCAUAACAAUGUGACAGAGGCCAGCUUGAUUAUAGUCGUCCAUCUGGAAGAGCCGCUCAGAGGACUUGUGGUGCGGCCGCACCCUGCACACAGGGUGCUGAUGGAAUCAGUCGUGAGCUACACAGCAUUGGUGCUUAAAGGCUCCAAUCCCACAUUUAAGUGGACAGUGGAUGACAAGCCCUACUUCACCUAUUACAACACUGUUCUCAAUGUCAUCUACCAGCAUGCUGCCACCUACAAGCUCACGGUGACGGCCAUGAACCAUGUGAGCACCCUCACCGAGCAUUUCAACGUGACUGUGGACCGGCUGCAGCCCAUGGCCAAUCUCACAGUAAAGGGUGUGCCAGAUGUGGUCCCUCAGGGCUCCAACCAGACUUUCACCACUUCUGUGCUCGUGGACAUGUCUGUGGCCGCCACCUUCCGAUGGUCUUUUGGUGAUGGUGGAUAUGAGGAGUGGGAAUACAAGCCUCCCUAUCCCCCUUCCCUCAUCUGCCCUGACUCCCCCAAUCAGGUUCUCCUAAGCAGCAGUGUCACCUAUAUCUACUCUCAGCCAGGAAUAUACCCAGCGUUGGUGUCAGUGUCCAAUCAUUAUGAGAACAUCAGUCAGAGCAUCAACAUGAGUGUCUACAGCAUCCUCACUCAUGUUGAUAUACAACCAGAGCCGAAACUCCUCCUCUCUGGCAAAUCGGCCGAUUUUGAGGCUCAUCCUUUCCCCUCACCUUAUGGCAUUCACUAUGAGUGGCACUUUGGAGAUGGCUCUGCCCUGAUGCAUGGUCGUCGUGUGGCGCACACCUAUGCACAGUGUGACAUCUUCACUGUCUGUGUACUGGUAAACAACACCAUCAGUUCUACAAAGGCUUGCCGUGAGAUGUUUGUAUACGAGGAGAUUGAAAAGCUAACAGCUCGAAGCUCCUCUCCCACAGAGCUUCACAGUCCUACUAAGGUGUGGGCACACCUUGCGUCAGGCAAUAACAUCACAUGGACAUUCUCGAUGGGCGACGGGACCGUCUACACUACAUCUGAACCUUGCGUGUCGCACAACUACAUCAAAGAUGCCAACUACACGGUGAAUGUGACUGCUGUGAAUGCUGUGAGCUCUGGCUGGACAGUCCUUCUAGUACAGGUGUAUGUAUUCCAAGUCAUAAAAAUGGAGCCAUCUGGGUGUGUCCAAGAGCGGACCCCUGUCAACUUUUAUGCCUGGGUGUCUGGUAACGAAUCAGCUCAUCUUUAUGAAUGGAGCUUUGGGGAUGGAAGCCCAAACAUGACCAAGCAUGGCAGCCCCAGAGUCUCACACACUUACUUGACAAGUGGGAACUACCACCUCUCCCUCCUUCUUUCCAGUGAGGUCAACAAAGCGACCAAGGCCAACUUCUUCAACUGGGUGUGUGUGCAGCCAGCUUUGGCCAACGUCAGCCUUACCCUUGAGAAAUCACACUACACUGUCGGGGAGGAGAUACGGUUUCAGGUCAGAGCUGAGCCAGAGUUUAACUACAGCUAUCAGUGGGACUUUGGUAAAGAAGAAGACCUUGUGCACAUCCGUGGUUCUGGAAAUGGUGUGACAACAUAUAAAAACCCAGGUCACUACAUGGUGACAGUCACCAUUUUCAAUAAUGUCUCCACCAGUAACACCAGUGUCGUGAUUGAUGUUCUGAUGCCUAUAGGACCAAUUGUUAUUGAUCAUAAUGGCACUAAGUACAACAACCUGACUCUCAGAGCACCGUAUGCAUUCAAAACUUCUUCCUUGGCCUCCAAUGUCACUUACACUUGGAACUUUGGAGAUGGGAAUGUGCUCACAAGCCAGAAUACCCAUCACACAUACAACAGCUCAGGAAACUACAAUAUCACACUGACAGCAGCCAACACAGUUAGCAGAAACCACACUACUUUACCCGUUGUUGUGCUUGCACCGAUCCGUGGGUUAACUGUAAGCGCCAGUUUGGUAAAUGUCCCUCUCAAUGCCUCGGUCCACUUUGAUGCCCGAAUGGAGGAGGGUGAUGGCGUCCGGUUCUCUUGGAUCUUGUGUGACCGUUGCACCUCAAUACCAGGGACCCACACCAUGUUCUACACCUUCCGCUCUGUUGGCACUUUCAACAUCAUUGUGACAGCAGAGAAUGACAUAGGAACAGCACAAGCAAGUAUCUUCCUGUUCGUCCAGCGUGAGCUAGAGGGGCUGCAGAUUUUAGCAGACGAGGAGGCUGGAGGAGGUGGAGGCAUUGGAUUGAACGGUUGCUGCUUUGCUACAAAUCGUGUCCUCCGCCUUCAAGCAGGAUUAAAGGAAGGAACCAACAUGACCUUUACUUGGAACCUCAUCAGAGAACUAGACUCGAGCUUCAAUAUAAGCGGGAGGACUGUGGAGGUAAAUUUCUCUACACCAGGUCCAUGUGACAUCUUCCUCCGGGCUACAAACCUCCUGGGUCACUUGUCCGUCAACAGAACCAUCCACUUCCUUGUGCCAGCCAGAGGGGUGUAUCUGCACAUCAGCAACAACCCAGUCGCAGUCAAUGUUCCGACUAACCUGACAGUAUUGACUAUGGAGGGCUCAAACCUGCAGUACUUGUGGAAUGUUACAGCGGACACUAUGCAGGGAAACAAGCACUGGAAGACACACACCUUCAACAGUCCUGGUCAAAAGGUAGUUACUGUGAAGGUCUUCAAUGAAGUUAGCGCAGAGGUUGUGUCAGAGAUUGUCCACAUCCAGGAAGUCAUUUCUGGGCUAACAUUCACAGCUACCAAUGUAACAGAGCAGAAUUAUGUAGCAACAGGCGCCAACAUCUCACUCCAAGGGGAGGUAGAGGCGGGAACUGAUGUGAUGUGGACAUGGCUGCUGGAAGGAAGAACAGAAACCGGGAGGAAAACAUCUCUGAUUUUCCAGGAACCAAAGACAGCCAUAGUUACUCUAAAUGCCACCAAUGGUGUCAGCGGGCAAGUGUUUUCCAGGGAGUUCUUUGUUCAGGACAAGAUUCAGGGGUUGGAGCUGAGGGCAAGUAAAAAGAUUGCAGGAGUUGGUGAGAAUGUGGAGUUUACAAUUUCCAUGGCAGCAGGCUCAGAUGUUCGUCUGAUCCUCAGCAUCAGCGGAGAUGCCACCGUUACCCCUCAACCCAAUCAAACCUAUGUCCACAACUUCAGCAGGGUGGAUACGUACAUGGUGAAUCUCACUGCUCACAACCAGGUGAGUUUCAAGAGGCGGCACCUCCAGGUCGAGGUGAUGGAGCCAGUUCGUGGACUUUCCAUCCAGGGAAGCUGUGCAGCAAUCCCUGUAGGUGAGAAGAGACAGUUUGUUGCCAAGAUCCUGACGGGCAAACCUGUUAGUUUCCUGUGGACUUUUGAUCUGCACCACCACAAGGCAUCACAUAUGGGCAAAGAGGUGACCUACAAGCCAGAAGAAGCAGGUUUAUUGACCAUCUAUUUGAAGGCCUUCAAUGCCCUGCAUGGUCAGAACAUCACCGAGCACAUCCUGGUGCAAAACCGCCUGACGACUGCCGUCCUGUCUGCUCAACCUGGGGACACUUUCAUUAACAAGACGGUGACCCUGGUGGCCUCUGUCACACCCAGUUCUAGUCCUGUGGGGUGCUUGUGGGACUUUGGUGACGGUUCUACUCCAGUUCACACCGACACUGAAACUGUGGGCUAUAAGUACAGACGCCCAGGAUACUACCUGGUCAAAGUGAAUUGCAGUAACAUGGUUAGCUGGGUGCUGGCCCAGGUGGAGGUAACCAUCAGUGUAUUAGAAUGUGAGGAGCCAGAAGUGCAGGUGGUUCAAGCUCCUCGCCUGACCAUCUGGCGCUCCCAGGCCACUUUGGUGGAGGCCAGUGUGGAUUUAAAAGGCUGCGUAUGCUACGGAGCUCAGUACUUCUGGCAGAUACUGUCAACACCUUUCUGUGAUUAUGCCAAAGACUACCAGAUUCCUUCUGGGGCGGUGACUAAGCCUUCCCAGUCUGUGCCUGUCUCAGUAAUUCACCUGCCUGUGGAGGUGGAUGUGCGACGGUUGCAGUUGGCAUUGCCCAAGAUGACUCUGGCAGCAAGAAACUACAGCUUGGUGUUUUCCCUGUCAUAUGAAGGUGUGCCACUAAGGAAGGAUGCCUGUCUGCAACUCAGUGUCUUGGCUUCCAGGUUGAUGCCCAUCAUAGAAGGGGGCACUUACAGGGUGUGGUCGAGGACCCAGGACCUGCAGCUCAGUGCAGAAAAGUCCUUCGACCCCAACAUGGACCCAGACAAGCAGUCACUACUCCACUACCACUGGGAGUGUCAGAGUACCUCAAAGGGUCCAGAGCACUGCUCCAGUCUGAACUUUGGCCUGGGCUCCAGUGGUCCGGUGCUGGGAAUCUCCGGCUCUGAGCUGGAGGCGGGUGUUGAAUAUACUUUCAAAUUGACCAUCAGCAAAGACGGCAUGGCCCCAGAGUCCACCACACAGACUGUGCUGGUCCAGAGUGGCCACAUUCCUAUGGUGUAUCUGGAGUGUGUGUCCUGUAAGGCCCAGUCCAUCUAUGAGGUCAGCCAGAACUCGUAUGUCUACCUACGAGGGACCUGCACCAACUGCCAGGGAUUUCACCGUGGGCGCUGGAGUGCCAUGACACUGCAGAACGAGACUCUGGUCCUUGACUCCUCGUCCACCACUACAGGAAGCGAUGGCAUGAACCUGGUGUUGCGGCAAGGCGUCGUGCGCCACGGAGAAUCCUACAUCUUCACUUUGCACGUGACCGACAGCAGUCUGGAUGGCGAGGGUGCCGCCUCGAUCACACUGCAUCACAACAUGCCCCCAGCCGGCGGGGAGUGCCACCUGAGAUGGGGAGAGGAGGCAGGGGUGCAGUACGGAGAUGGAGACAGUGAAGUCUGGAGGAUACGCACACUCCUGGACCGGGUACACUUUAACUGCUCAGGUUACAUUGAUCUGGGAGUUUCAGAGACGCCCUUGCUCUACAGUCUGCUGGUGACUCGCUGCAGAGAAGACUACUGCGAGGACUUCUGUGUGUACAAAGGUAGUAGUCCAGAGCACUCUGUCUUCCUGCCCCCAGGCUUCAGCUCAGCUCGACACCGUGUAGCUGUGUCCAUCACAGUGGAGGACCACCAGGGAGCUUCCAUCACAGCACUCAACAAAUCUAUUGAAGUUGUGCUGCCAGAUCCGCCCCCUGAGUACAGCAGCCUUCCACACUGGCUGUCUGAGCUGACAGACAGCAAACUCAAAAAGCUGCUGGAACAGGGAGACUCACAGAGGGUCAGAGAGUUAUCACUGGCUUUUAUUACAGUCCUAAAUGAGUAUGAGCAGACCAGGGAGUCAGCGCGGGUGUCUCGAGACGAGCGUGGUUAUCGAGUCAGAGUCCGCAGCAAUAUCACCAGAGCUCUGACGGCUCUGGACCUGGCCACUGUUAAUGACAUUCAGCAGACCUCUGCUGCGCUAGCACAGUGCACGGCGGUGAGCCGAGAGUUCAUCUGUGAAGAGUGUCAGAACAGCACUCUGAACAAGCUUGAGUCCAUGCUGGAGAUUUUGCAGAAUGACACCAAGCAGGGCACAGUCACGCCUACUGAGAUCGCUGACAACAUCCUGAACAUCAUGGGUGAUCUGAUCCAUCAGGUCAGCCAGUCAGCCGCCUCCCAGUCUUACCUACAGCCUUCCUAUAUGGAUUCCCCCUCACCCUCCUUCACCUCCUCCUAUUCUUCCUCUGGUGAAGAGCAAGGAGGCACCCUGUUGGACCCCUCACCCUCCUCACUGGAGCCCCACCCUCUGCGUGUGGCGGCGAAGGCUUACAGCCUCUCCUCAGUCCUCAUGCUGAUUCUCAUGCAUGCUCGAGUGCUCAAUGAAGAGCCCCUGGUGCUGAGAGGAGCUGAGAUUGCAGCCACAGGAAAACUGGCAGACCCUCAGAGCCUGCUCUGCUACCAUGGCAACAACAGUCCAGAGUGCCAGCGGUUCUCCAUCCCCCGAGCUUUCAACAGCAGUCUUGGCAGAGUCGCUGCAGGAAACAGCGUCAUGCAGCUGCUGUUUCAGGUGGAGUCCAACCCCUUCCCUUUCAACUAUGUGGCCAACUACACCAUCUCUACUGAGGUGGCAUCCAUGGAGUUUCGCACUGAAAAUGGCACCCAGAUUCCCAUAUCAGGACUGGACGACAAUCUAGCCAUCACUGUUGCCAUCAACAAUGGCAGUAGUGGAGAAGUGGGUGCUGAGCGUUCUGGAACUGGACGGGUCCCCACAACAGGAGCCGUUAACAUCAGCCACUGUGACUCCGUCAUUGUUAGGGUCAGCACGGGAAACACUAACAGACAGGCAGGGCUGUUUGUGCAGCUCAACUUCACCUCUCUGCAGGAGGCCAGAGAGAAGGGUAAAAGAGAAGAGGAUGGGGAGCCUUACAUCACAGCUUACCUUCACUCCCAUGAACAACCAAAUGAGUUCAACUGCACAGACAGAAAACGCAUCACACUCGGUAUGACCAGAGAGCAACAUCUGGACCACAGGAAAUACACCUUCUUCCUGUCACCAGAGUCCUAUGACACCACAUUGGACUACUUUAUUAACGUGAGUACACCCUGCAGCCCUGGCUCUCAGCCAGAGGGUGUUCAUCUGGAGGUUGGGGUGUUUGCCUCUCUGUGUCAGUACUUCAGUGAGCGUGAGAAGCAGUGGCGGACAGAUGGCAUGGUGCCUCUGGCGGAGACCAAUGCCAGCAGAGCUGUCUGUCGCACCAGGCACCUCACAGCCUUUGCUGCAGGCCUGUUUGUACCAACCAACGCCAUCAGUUUUAAAAUGCCGGAGCGUUCUGGUGCACCGAGCCUGGUCGUGCUGUUGGUGUGUGUGUUAGGCUUACUAAGCUAUGUUGUAGCAUCAGCCAUCUUGCACAAGUUGGACCAGCUGGAUCUACGCCGGGCUGGCGUGGUUCCUCUCUGUGGUCAAGACGCACUCUUCAAGUACGAGAUUCAGGUCAAGACUGGCUGGACUCGAGGGGCAGGCACCACAGCCCAUGUAGGAAUCAGUUUGUAUGGGCGUGAGAGCCGCAGUGGACACCGCCAUCUCGACAGCAGAGGAGCCUUCACACGCAACUCUCUUGAUAUCUUCCACAUUGCCACAGACACCAGCCUGGGCAGUAUCUGGAAAAUACGAAUUUGGCAUGACAACAAGGGUCUGUCCCCAGCAUGGCUGCUACAGUACGUCUUGGUGAAGGACUUACAGACAGGAAGCAGCUACUACUUCCUGGUUGAGGAGUGGCUGUCAGUUGACAAUGAGAGAACUGAUGGACGGGUAGAGAUUGAGGUGGAGGCAUCAGAGGAGGCUGUGCUUCGCAAGAUGCCCCGCCUCCUGCAGUGUGAGCUACAGAGGGCGCUGUGUGAGAGUCACCUGUGGCUGUCCCUCUGGGAGAGGCCCCCCCGUAGCCCCUUCACCCGUCUGCAGAGAGCCACCUGCUGCGCUGUGUUACUGCAGCUCUUCAUAUUGGCCAACACACUGUGGUACAGCAUCGUGGUGGACAAGAGAUCCAGCCCACAGGCCGUGUCAAAGAUGUCUUCACUAAAUGGAGAGACAGUGGCAGCAGGUCUGGUGACCUGUCUGAUCGCCUACCCUCUCUACCUGCUUGUCUUCACACUCUUCAGAAUGAGCCGCAGCAAGUGUGUAUCUGUGGAGCAGGUGCCAUCACAAGUGGACCAGGAGUCGGUGGAGAUCGAUGACUUCCUGGACAACUCCAUGGCUGGAAGUUCAUUCCUCUUUUUUAAUGGCGAGUCUAACUCGGAGGAAACCAACGUGGAUUUGCACACUCUAUCAACCAAAAGUGAGGAGAGUUGGGGCACAGCAGAGGAUGAGACUGAGGACAGGGAUUGGCCAGAGCUGUUGAGUGACGUGUCUGUGGUGGGAGAGGUGGGGCAUGGGGCAGGGAUGCCCAGGUUGAAGAGGGGUCAGGGGAGCAGGCACCUGGGUGUUGACAUGGCCUUUAACCCUGAUGACGACAAGGGGACUGAUCAGCGCGACAAAUAUUUCACCUCAUCAGACGAGGAUCUAAUCAAACACAUCCUGGCAGAUGGACAGAACUUUUUCCCUCAGACAGAUGAAAGUGAGAUGGCUGACUUGUCGAGUAUUUUUGGAGAUAAGACUGAAGUGAUUCUCCUCCAGAAACUGAAUGAACCUCUUCCUCUAGAAACUGUCAGAAGGGACCCACCAAAAACUGCUUUCACCUCAAACACAGUAAUGACAGACGUGUGUCGUCCCAGGCGGUUCCCUCCCUGGUGUGGGCGCACUGCCCUGUGGGGCAGCUGGGCAGUGAUUUCUCUAGCAAAUGGUGUUUCAAUUUGGGCGGGUCACGGUUUCAAUCAGAGUGUAGCCAUGAUGUGGCUCAUCUCCUGUUUUGCUAGCUUCCUGUGCUCCUGCCUGCUGUUGGAGCCACUUAAGGUGUUGUGUGAGGCCGUUUACUAUGCAGUGUGUGUGCGUCGCCUGCGUCCAGAGGACCAGGAUGUGCUGGUGGAGUUCCCCCGUGUGGAGAGAGUGGUUCAGCGGGUCACCAGGGUGAGACCGCCACAGGGCUUCGCUCUGUCCCAGGCCCGGCACCAGGCCCGCAAGAUCCACAUGCUGCACACCAUGCUGAAGAAUUUCCUGGUUUACACAUUUUUCCUGUUGGUGGUUUUACUUCUUAACUACUCGGACUCUGCGAAAGAGACACACAGCCUCAGACUGCGCACUCAGCUGCAACAAGCCCUGCACAUAUCUGAGUACCACAAUGUCAGCAGUCGAGGUGACAUUCUGAUGUGGCUGAAUGAGUCCCUGUUGCCACAGCUACUGGAUGACUCCACCCUCUUGAGAAAUACAGGAAGUGCGUUGCUCGGCACGAUAAGGCUACGACAAAUCCGUGACACCCAGGAUGGUGCCAGGGCACGAGACAGUGUUUGGGGAAAAGGUUGGGCUACAUCUCCAAUUGAAGACACUGAGAAUUUCACUGCCCUUGGUGCAGACUGGGAGUGGCAUUUGGCUCAGAUGAGGGUGUACAACAGCGGAGAUGUGGUCCAUGAGCUGAACAGAAGCCUGGAGGAGGCCGCCUCCUCCCUACAGCAGCUGCGGCAGCUGAGCUGGCUUGACUACAGGACUCGUUCUGUGUCGGUGGAGUUCUCACUCUACAACAUCAACACAAAUCUCUUGGCUGUCUUCUCCUUCCUGUUUGAGUUCCCAGUUUCUGAGCGUGCCCAGUCCAGUCUCGACCUCCUUGUCAUCACUCUGUGGCCAAUCACAGGCCUGGACCUACAGCUCCUUCUCACGAUCAUCCUCCUCGCCUUGGUGUUGUAUUUCCUGGUGCGGGGGAUUUUGGGCUUCCUCAGGGAGGGCUACAAGUACCUGCUGUCAGCUUGGAGACUCCUGGGCAUCUGUAAACUCACUCUGGCAGCAUCUGUGUGUGGGCUGCACUUAAGCCGCUGCACCAUGGCCAAGCAGCAGUGGACAUUGUACAUGGAGCACCCACGGGAUGCGUUCACAGACUUCUACCCUCUGGCCAGGCAGACUCAGAUGUACACAGUCGUGUCUGCCUUGCUGCUGUUCAUACUGGUGCUCAAGGCGUCCCACCAGUUGCGGUUCCUCAGAGAGUGGGCUGUGUUUGGCAGAGCCUUGCGGCGCUCAGUCUGGGAGCUGCUGGGAGUCACCCUGGCACUGCUGCUGCUGGUGCUGGCUUACUCACACACAGGACACUUGCUCUUCCACUCCACACUGGACAGCUACAGCAGUGUGAGCUCAGCCUGCCUGUCACUGUUGGGUGCUGAUGGGCGGGGCCUGUUAUCGUGGUGUCCCGCCUGGGCGAUUACUGGUCCCUCUAGCACCAUCUCAUCGCUGGUGUUCCACACAACUUUCGCCAUAUUUCGGCUGGUGUUGCUUUGGUUGAUCAUUUCUGUGUUAAUGAGGAACUACCGUCGUGCACGAGCAGAGCUGUACCGUCCAGCUGUGGAUCUCCAAGACUAUGAGAUGGUCGAGCUGUUCCUCAGACGACUCAAAAUUUGGAUGGGGCUCAGCAGGGCCAAGGAGUUUCGUCACAAAGUGCGUUUUGAGGGCAUGGAGCUGCCUCCAUCCCGCUCAUCCUCCACCAGUGACUGUAAGUCCCUGUGCUUGCCACCCUUAGACGGUCCUGACUCCCCACCCACCCCAGACAGUGUUGAUGCAGGCUCCGAGGCCUCGUGGCACCCAGCCUCCUCCAGCCCCUGCAGCCUGACAGAAGCCCCAGGGGUCAGCCUGGGACUUGGGUUGGGCCUGGGUUUGGGGCUCAGCCCAGGGGUGGUGGUGGGAGGUACCAGCUGGAGGGAGAAGGCAGAGACUGAAGCUUCUCUUAGGAGGCUCCUUCCCACCCUGGACGCUCUGCUACAACAGCUUGACCGUGUCACCAUGGCAACAGAGGACCUGUACCACAUCGAGUGUAACCUGGAGCAAGCCCAGAGGAAAAGGCGGCGUAAAGGGAGAGAUAGUGGAAGUGGUGGUCACAAGGACUCUGGGGAUGCACGGAGAGAACAAAAGAGUGGCAAAGAAAAACACAAAGGAGGCAAGAAGGGGAGAAGAAUGAAUAAAGAUGAACAUCCAAAGGACUGUGGAAACAAUGCUGCCAACCCCAGAAAGACUCCUGUACCUAUGUCUGUUCCCUUUUUAAAGCCCUGCCCAGUCUCUGCUUCGACACAUACCCCCGGCCCGCUGUCAUCAGCCAGACCUCCAGUCAUUGCACCUCCAUCCACACCAGUCACAGAUAAGCCUGCCUCUGACCUCUCCUCCCUCCUUGUCUCAUCAGUAAACACUCCCGCCACCUGCAUCCCACCACCCAAAACACCCACUGCAUCUCCAUGUACUCCCACACCUACCCCUCCCGUCCCUACCCAUAUUUCCCGGGACUGGGACCCUCCCACAGAGAGAGAGACCCUCCCCUCUUCCAGCCUGUUUAAUCACCCCGCUCACACUACCAUCAUUCCCACACGCAAGCGAAAACGCAAACCCCCACCCCUCAAAAACAAAGUGCAUCCCAACUUGGAUAGGCACAGCCCUGGACAUCCCAAAUCCUGA